GGAGGCGAAGGAGGUGGCGGUGGAGGAGAACCCGCGCGGCCCGAAAUCCCCGCGGCCCCAGUGGUGGUGGGCUCCGGGAGGGCUUGCCUCAUCCUGCGCCGUCCGCGAUGCAUCCGCGGCGCCCGGAAGGAUUCGAUGGCUUGGGCUACCGCGGGGGUGCGCGGGAUGAGCGGGGUUUUGGCGUCGCCUUCCCUGCAAGGUCCUUCAGCUCCGGGUCGGACCUGGGCCACUGGGUGACCACUCCCCCAGACAUCCCCGGGAGCCGCAACCUGCACUGGGGCGAGAAGAGCCCGCCCUACGGCGUGCCCGCCCCCUCCACCCCCGAGGGCCCGGCGGAGGAGCCCUUCCCGGGCGGCAGCGGCGGCGCGCCGGGGCCUAUUUUAGAACAGUUGAGUAGAUUUGCUGGAUUUGGUAUUGGACUUGCAAGUCUCUUUACAGAAAAUGUACUGGCUCAUCCUUGCAUUGUUCUACGCCGCCAGUGUCAGGUUAAUUACCAUGCUCGGCAUUAUCAUCUCACUCCAUUUACAGUCAUCAAUAUUAUGUACAGCUUCAACAAAACUCAGGGACCAAGGGCCCUUUGGAAAGGAAUGGGAAGUACAUUUAUUGUCCAGGGUAUCACACUUGGAGCAGAGGGAAUAAUUAGUGAAUUCACCCCUUUACCAAGAGAGGUUUCACAUAAAUGGAAUCCUAAACAAAUAGGAGAACACCUUCUACUGAAAUCCCUCACUUAUAUGGUGGCAAUGCCUUUUUAUUCAGCAAGUCUAAUCGAAACAGUACAGAGUGAGAUCAUUCGCGAUAACACGGGGAUUUUGGAAUGUGUUAAAGAAGGCAUUGGAAGAGUGAUAGGCCUGGGAGUGCCUCAUAGCAAACGACUGCUUCCUCUUCUCUCCUUGAUCUUCCCCACGGUGCUGCAUGGGGUUCUUCAUUACAUCAUCAGCUCCAUCAUUCAGAAGAUUGUCCUACUAAUUCUAAAGAGAAAGACGUAUAGCCACCCAGCUGAGAGCACUAGCCCGGUGCAGAGUAUGCUGGAUGCUUAUUUCCCAGAACUCAUUGCUAACUUUGCUGCCAGUCUUUGCUCUGAUGUUAUACUUUACCCCUUGGAAACAGUUCUGCACCGCCUUCACAUUCAAGGAACACGCACAAUAAUUGACAACACAGACCUUGGCUAUGAAGUGCUUCCAAUUAAUACACAGUAUGAGGGCAUGAGAGACUGUAUCAAUACCAUAAAGCAGGAGGAAGGAAUGGUUGGUUUUUAUAAAGGGUUUGGCGCUGUUAUAAUACAGUACACACUGCAUGCAGCUGUCUUACAGGUUACCAAAAUUAUUUACUCCACACUUCUUCAAAAUAGCGUUUGAGAGUGAAGUUCCUGAUUAGUCUGAAAGAUAUAAUCUGGACCCUUUGUUUAUGAAAUUGUGAGGGAUAAAAGGGAACACUGGGGAGAAGAUGGAUUAGAAGUGAAACUGGUAGAGAAAGCCCAUGCUCAUUAUAGUGACUUUUUUAAUGCAUAAACAUCUCUUUGGGAUCAACAGCAUUCCAAAUUUGAAAACUCAAUAAAAAUAAUACUCAUGAAUUAAAUUCUAGAUAAUGUAGCACACAUACUGAACUAAAAAUGAUCUUGGGCAGAAGUAAAAAUUUGUCAGCAAACACAAAACAAAAUUUCACAGCUGAACUUAUUCCAUCUGACUUUAAUAUGUAUUAUGUGUUUAUUUCACCUUCUUGAUUGAUAUUGGUAUGUCAUCCUUUAUAUAGUAUCAAGAGGUCAUCGUUUACCUUUAAGCAAAUAAAUUAUGUCACCAAUGAUAAUGACGAGAAAGAUUAGAUUUGGCAGUCUGUAAUCAGGAGUUGAAGUUUUAAUUUGUAUUGUCCCGAUACAUUUUAAUGCUGCAUAUUUAUGUACACACAGAAAACUUGGAAUUUCCUUCAUUUCAAUAACUUUUCCACCAUUAGGUCAGCUUAUUGCAUAAGAUGAAGUCACAGACUUUCCGCUUGAAUAUCAGAAUAAAAGAUUAAAAACCAAGGUCCCCAAAGGUUUAAGGCAAACAGCAUAUUUGUCUAUAUCCAAACGCAGCGUUUCAGUGCCAGCAACUUAACAGUCCUCAUGUUUAUAAAGCUUGAUUUGCUUACCUAGUUCUAUGAGUCAUCAGGCUGUUUUUAGAGACACUCCUAACAGAGAGAGAAAAUAAUCAUGACAACUAUCACUGUUUCUAAAUUUAGAAAUUGUGUACUAAAAGUAACAUCACUUGUCUUCAUUUCUGAAUGACUUGUCUCAGUGGAGACACAAUUAAAAUUCUCCUGGGAAUUUUUGCCUCUUGCCUCUGUAUAGUCAUCAUAAAAUAAUGUCUUCAGUUUUUAUUUUCUUCCAGUUUUGUGUAUAAUUUCAUACUCCACACUAGAUAUACAUAAAGGGAAAAGCAGGUCUCUCCUUAUCGCCUUUUAUUUAAACUUGUUUGGAUGAAUGCUGAAGAAAAAAAUAUAAAUUUUAAAGGGAGGUUGUCCUUGCUUUUUGUGGAUGAGGAAGUAAAUUUCGACAGAUAAUAAGCAAAAAUAUUGUUAAUGAGUUUAAUUAAAAAUUCUGUAUGUUCCUAACUGGGUAAAGCUCUUUGUAUAGUACAGUGAUGUGCAUCUGAGUGAUCCACCAUUAAACAUUUUAAAGUUUCAUUUC